CAUCGAUGUGCAGUAGACCUUCAUCUGAAGAAUAACAGCUGACUCACAAUGAUUGAGCUCCCAGCUCUGUCUGUGACCUGGACCCUGGUGCUUCUGCUCCUAACACUUGUGUAUUUUUAUGGUGUUUGGCCACAUGGAUUUUUUAAGAAACUGGGAAUCCCAGGACCAAGGCCUUGGCCUUACUUUGGCACAUUUCUCUCAUACACUAAAGGUUUUUUCAAAUUCGAUAUGGAGUGUGCUAAGAAGUAUGGAAAAGUUUGGGGGAUCUAUGAUGGACGGCUCCCAAUAUUAAUGGUUACUGACCUGGAAAUGAUCAAAACGAUUAUGGUGAAAGAAUGUUAUUCUACCUUCACUAACAGAAGGGAAACAAAUGCAGGUCUUGCUGGCCCCUUUUCUGAUGGAAUAAGUGUAGUUAAAGAUGAGCGAUGGAAGAGAAUCCGCAGUUCACUCUCUCCAUAUUUCACAAGUGGUCGACUGAAAGAGAUAUUUCCCAUAGCUGUGACGCAUGCAGAUCGUUUUAUAAAAAAUAUGCAAAAGAAAGAAAACGAGCAGUCAGUUAAAGUGAAAGAAGUUGUGGCUCCGUACAGUUUGGAUGUGGUCACCAGCUCCUCCUUUAGCGUCGACAUCGACUCCAUAAACAACGCAGAUGAUCCUUUCGUUACCAACAUCAAGAAGUUUUUCAAGUUCAGUUUUUUCAGUCCUCUCUUUCUGAUUUUAGCUUUAUUUCCCGCCCUUGCAAAUCUUUUGGGGAAAAUGGGGAUAAGUCUUUUUUCAAGGUCGUCUGUGGAUUUUUUCUAUAAUGUCCUGAAAAAGAUUAAGGACGAGCACAACAAGGAAUCGAAUGGCCGGGUAGACUUUCUCAAGCUCAUGCUCCAGAAUCAAAUACCUGGUGAUCAUUUUGGGGACACAGAAGAGCAACCAGCAAAAGGACUAACUGACCACGAGAUUCUCUCCCAGUCCUUCAUUUUCAUUCUCGGAGGUUAUGAGACGACAAGCACCACUCUCACUUUCCUCCUCUAUAAUCUUGCAACUAAUCCAGACUGCCUGGAAAAGCUGGUCGAGGAGAUUGACAAAAACUUCCCUCCUGAUACUCCCAUCACAUAUGAUGCAUUGAUGAAAAUCGAUUAUUUGGAAAUGGCCAUCAACGAAUCAAUGCGUCUCCUUCCCACUGCACCACGCUUAGAGAGGGUCUGUAAGAAGACCGUGGAGAUCAAUGGGGUGACCAUACCAAAGGACACUUUGGUGGCAAUUCCUACAUAUGUUUUGUGUCGUGAUCCACAACUCUGGGAGUCUCCUGAGGAGUUCAGACCAGAGAGGUUCAGCCCAGAGAGUAAAUCCGUGAUUAACCCAUAUAUUUUCAUGCCUUUUGGACUCGGGCCUCGAAAUUGCAUUGGAAUGAGAUUCGCCCUAAUGAUCAUGAAGCUCCUUGUUGUGAAGCUGCUUCAGAACUUCAGGAUGGAAACAUGUAAAGAGACACAGAUCCCUAUAGAGCUGAAUCCUAUGUUUCAGCCGAAGGUUCCCAUCACACUGAAGUUUACACCAAGAUCACCCAAGGGAAAAUAAUAAUUAAAAUGCAGAACAUUUCGGUAUCAUUGAUUUGAUUUGAUUCAAUUCGAUUUGAGUAUUGUGAAGUGCUUUUCACAAUACAAAUCAUUGCAAAGCAAGUUUACAGGAAAUUAAGUUUCCUAUUCCCAAAUGAUAUUAUGAUUAUAUUAUUAUUUGCAAUAUAUAUAUACCCUAAACAUCAUAUUUUUGGAUUUAAGGUAUUGAUAGUUUACUGGGACUUAAGCUCUUCUUGAUUCAUUCCUUUCUGUGUUAUUUACUUUACACUGUUAUACAUUUAAAAAUACAUUAUUAAAAGUGUAUAAUUGUUUAAUUACAGAACAGAAUCGAAGCAAUGAAUGCAAAUGUAUAGUUAUUAUUGUAGCUGUUUGAGGUCGGAUUGUGUGCUUUAAUAAACUUGAAUGAAUUUUUGUUGGAAA